CACCCAAACACAAAAAUAAUUGAAGACAUAUCAGAAAGUAUAAAAUGGAAAAAGUAAGAAGCAUUUUCGUUGUUCUUCUCCUAAUUUCUUCAUGUUUGAUAAUGAGGAGUGAAGGUCAGUUUCGAUGUAAGAGUGCUAGGGAUUGUGAUCCUCGUGCUUGGAAACUAGCGACACAUAUAAUAUGUGAUAAAAACCACAAAUGUACAUGUGCUGAUGGUGCUCCUAUUGGUCAUGAAUGUAAUAGCAUCAAAGACUGUUACCUUUCUGCAGGUUGUCCACCAAACUCUCAUGUUGUCUGCGAAAGGCACAUAUGCACAUGUGUCCCCAAAUUGAUUUAAUUGUCUCUUAUUAGUAAUUUUGAUAUAAUGUCUUCUUAUAUAGGAAGCAAAUUUUAAUACUCUAUAUAAUUCACCUAUGUGAGAUGUAAUAAUAUCUGUGGACUUCCAAUAAUAAUAAUUAACUAGAGUUUGUUAA